AUGGAGGAAAUGUCAAGGAAUUUGGUUCCGCCUAAGAAUAUAAUGUCCACAUUGAAAGAUAGGGAUCCAAACAACAAGACAACGGCAAAGCAACUCUACAAUUUAAGUCAUCGAUUAAAACUUAAAAUGAGGGCAUCAAUGACUGAAAUGCAACACCUCUCCAAAAGACUUGUCGAGACCGGGUAUUUUUUCAAACAUAGGACGGUUGUUGCAGACGGAUCCGAACACGUUCAAGACAUUUUCUUUGCACAUCCUAAAUCUAUAAGUUUGUUCAAUUCUUUUCCUACUGUGCUUUUGAUGGAUUCGACAUACAAAACAAACAAAUACAAAAUGCCGUUAUUUGAGAUUGUCGGAUUCACAUCAACUGGGAGAUCUUUCAAUGUUGGAUUUGCUUGGCUUACCAAUGAAAGAGAAGACAACUUCACUUGGGCUCUAGAGCAGUGUGUCAGUCUCUUAAGGAAUGAGGAUGUUAGACCGAAGGUGAUUGUCACCGAUAGGGAUUUGGCUCUGAUGAAUGCAGUUUCCGAGGUAUUUCCAACAUCGGCUGCAAUGUUGUUCGAUACUGAGCGUUACAAGUAUGUCACGGAUGCACUUUUCCCACCACCGAGAAGGAGUAAACAUGCUAUUGCAACCAAGGACAAAUGGUUUACUUUUCCGGAUAUGGGUUACGUUGUGGCUACUCAUUUUCAGAGGGUUGUUGUUCAACUAUCAAAUAUGGAAAAGUGUGGAGCAUCUAGAACUUGUUUCCCAUUGCGUGGCAAACCUCCAUCAGACACGUCAGACUUGGAUUCCAAGAUUAUUUGCAUCGGCGCGCUCGCUGACCACUUUGUGUUAGUGCGAUUGAAAGUAGGAUGUCUGAUACCUCCAACGGCUCAUCAGUGGAAAAACUCUUGUUCCGAAGAAGCUGCAGAUUGGGAGCCCAUGUUUUUGGAUAGAAUGCAAAAGUUUGGUGAGCUGUUGACCAUUGAAAGAGCAGGCGAUGACUUAGUCACGAUUGGAAAGGGUAGCAAAGACGAUCCGUUGGAAUUGUAG